GAUAUAGCGAACAUCAUUCUCUUCCCCUGAAUAAUUGUAUGUUUAUAAUCGCACCAAGGAUUUCUAUCUUUAUGAAAAUGUGACCAACCUUAAAUAUGGAUCAAACGGAAUCAAAGUUUCGGUUAGUGAUAAAUAAGAAUUUGGUUGAAAUAUGAGUGCAGCAAAUAGAGGUGCCUUGCUUUCGGGAGGCUGGACCAGAGGAGGCACUUCUGAGGUGGUCAGAAGAGCCCAUCCAGCCUCAGGAGCUCAAUGGAACGUGCAAGUGGUAAGAGGCAAAGUAAAUGGAAAGUGUCUUUGGAACGCUUGUAAGGCUUUGAGUUUAGGUUUGUUGUUGAUGGUACUUGGAGCUGCGAUGGCUACGAUUGGAUACUACGCGGAUCAAUUAUCAGUGGCUCAAGAAAUAAGAGGAAACCACACUGUUGCUGUUAAAAAUGAAUCAAGAGGGUUCCACCUUAAUAAUUUGUCGUAUGCUGGUCCUAUUGUCAUGGGGGUUGGAGGUUUCAUUGUUGUCGCCGCUUGCGUCAUGACAUUCGAAGCACGUGACUCUGCAGCCAAAGUAGUACCAGCCAGAUUCAAACUGAGUACUACAGGACCACCUCCAGGUACUUGCGCUAGAAGUGGUCACGGAUCACUGAGAACCGCUGGAUCACAAACUGGAACAGUAACCGCUUCUUCAGCUGCACACCACGGUAGCAUCCAUGGACAGCACCACAAUGACCAUCACAGACACCAUCAUCAUCACGCAUCAGACCGACACUCGCUCACCCAAUCUUUCGUGCAGUUUUCCAGAGGCCUCGCGCUAGAUUCGAAAAACAUCGGCCACCACAAAUACGUACAGGGUACCUCGCCUUGUGGCACCAGAAGCAGUUCACUUAAAGUGCCACAGGGUACCAUCAAUCGUAGUCCAUCCGCGCCAGACUUGGCGCUAGAAAAACGUUCAUCGGCCAGUGCGCCGGGCAGCAAAGAAGCUUCGCCGACCAAUCACAAUGCGAUACAAAAGUCACCGAACCAAUCGGGUCGUAGGACUUUUGCAGCUUGCGCGUUGUUGAAUCCGGGACUUUUGCAUCGACAGGCCUUGAGUGUUGAUGAAACUGCUGCUAAUUACAGAAGUAUCGAAUCGUUGCAACACGGUACAGGUUCACAAGGUUCGAUGGCGAUGGAUUUGCACCUGGAAUCCGUAACCCUAAAAGUAAGAGAUAAACGUAGAAAUCCUCUGAAAAGGCAAAGAAAAAUCGAAGAAGACGAACAACACAAGCACGAAAACAGUUCCAGAAGAAAUUCCUCGGCGCACCCUAGCUCGCCAAGACUGCCUGGGCAUUGUGUCAUCAACGGUGGUUCGGCGCAACAUCUUCACCAUCAUCCUUAUCACAAGUCGGCCAGAAGAAGUUCAAAUUCUUCGGAUUGUACUCAUAGAUCUAGAAGCAAACGAAGAGAUUCGCACGGGUGUCAUCAUGCUAGAGGUAAACUGGAGCGAGCUAUCAGUUCAGAUUCUAGAUUGGUUGGGGCAAUACCUAAAUGCUAUCACUCGCACGAGCCUUCGAGAAAUAAUUCUACUGAGCACGAAACAGUAGAGCAUGCUUCUACUUCUGAAAAUGAUAUUAGACGAUCGCAUCAAGUUAUGGUGCAUUUUUCUCCUAAUCUUGAAGGCUAGAAAAGAUUAUUAAAUGGAGUAGGAUUAUUAAGAAUGUGACGGGAUCGUAGCAAGACAAAAAUAAAAGCGAAUGACAAUGAGGAUUUUUUUUAGAAUUAUAUAAAAAAGAUUUUACUUGAGUAGGUAAUUCAAUGUUGUUAUAGUGUCGAACUUAUGUGAAAUUUUAUACACAAAUCUCAAAGAAUAAUAAUUGUUAUAAAUGUUUAGUAGGCAUAAAAAAGGAAUCUUUUGUAAUAAAAAAAAGACUUGUUUUUGUCCUUAAAUAAAGCAAUCUGUUUGAUGUAUUUGCCCUUCCAUAUUAAAUAACAGAAAAAUGUUGAAAAGGGUAAUUGCAGGGUAAUUUUAUGUUUUACUCAAUUCAAAUUCAUUGAUGGCCCUUUUCGAAUAUUUUUUCUAAAAUGUACACGAAAACUGUAUCUUGUGUUACACAAGAGGACCUAAAAUUAUUUAUUUAUAAACGUAUAUUGUACCUUGAAAUAAUGUAUUAAAAAUAUAAUGUAUGUUUGUAUAUUUAUAUAGACGAGAUUUGAUAUGUUUUAGACACUUAAUUAGGUUUGUAUAAAAAAGUCACAAAAAAUGUACCUAUUUAUAUUCUGUGUAAACAUCAAAAUAAAAAAUAAAACUGGCACA